AUGAGAGUCUACACACAUCGUGGUGUUUUAUUGAUAUCUGAAGAACACGGUGACCCAACCUUGGUAAAACGUAGUAUUAAAGUACUAAACAACACAAAGACACACAUCGGCCAGACUACACGAACUAGUUCACUAAAGGGGCCUUAUCUCGUAGCAAGGCUUGGUAUCAGGGUCAUCGACAGUUAUUGGGGCCACGUCAGUGAUAAUACAUUCCAGCAGUUUGAUGUAUGACGAUGCCAUUAAUACUUACCCAAGCUGAUUUGGGGGUUGCUCUGGACAUAUUGCAUACAAUAAGCACUAAUGAGGUAUUAAGGAUUCAGAUGACACAGUUAAUCAAGAACAGCUUAGACGGUGUAAUAACUGACUACGCAUUUAUCGUAGAUGUAUUCCCAAAGUUUAACAUAAUCGUCUCAAGACCAAAAGAUCCAAAUGCAAGAUGUUCCGAAGGCUUCCCUGCCCACUGGAUCCUGUUCUACUACAUUAUUGGCGAAGAAAAGGACGUUGCACUAUUGAGAGAGAUGAUGUCAGAUAAUAAUGUUAUAGACUGGACAAAUAAUAUAGAAAAACGUGUGUACAUUUAUGGUAUGGAUGAAAGUCAGGCUAUAUUGAAUGAAGUGGCAGAAAGGAAUGGAUGGCAAGCUGACAGCCAUCUGGAAGCUAAAGCAUUCUCAAAAGCAAAAGUUGAUAUCAGUGAUGCUUUUAUCAAUUUACCAUCGAAGAAGGAAUUGAAAUGCUCAACUCUCUGCCUGCACGAAGCUUCUAUUGUCCGUGAACGCUGGCAGCACAUCCACGCCGCUGAAACAAAUAUGCUAAAAGGGAUCGAGUACUGCAUCAAGCACCUCCCAAAUGUAUGUCUAAGGACUGACGAUGGUGAGAUUGUUGCUCAUAUGCUGACUGCCUUCACUGGCGAAAUUUUGAUGCUAAAUGUAGUGGAAUCACAUAGACGUCUUGGACUAGGCACGGCGGUACAAUUAUUGCUGUGUAAGAAAAUACUGGAACACAACGGACAGCCGUUCUGGAUGGUAAUGGCUAACAAUGAGCAAUCUUUGAAGAUGAAUCAAAAACUAGAAGCAAAGGCAUUAGAUAAUGGAAAAACAGUAUAUGCUUAUAGAUAUAGACAUACAAAAGCAAGCUAGAUGUUUUAAUCGCAUAAAAUGAUCUAGAAAACAUUACUGAAUAAGUGAUAAUUUUGCCUAAUCAUUUAAUUUGCCUAUUGCCGAUUUUUUGCCAGGUUCGGAAAAUUAAAUGUCGGAAAUAUUAUCUUCAUAAGUUUCUUGC